AUGGUGAGAGCGGCUCUUGCUAAACUUCUGGUCCUCGUGAUCCUCACCUUCAUCCUCUGCCUCCCAGAAUUCUUCACAUUGUACAGAGUGUCAAAAGUGAAUUUUUUCUGCCUUCCCUACCAACUCUGUGAAGAAGGAAAUCAGGCAAAGAAAGGGGAAGACGGGAGGCGUGAAAACAGUGAAGACAAACAAGGAGAUAUUUGCAAUCCUUCUCCAACGGCAGAUCAUGAAAAAUGGAGGCAAAUCUGCUCACAGAAGUAUCAAAGACAGUUCACAGAUUCAGAUUCAGCACCAGAAACCAGCGGAGGGGAUCUGAGAAUGAGCUGGUUCAUGUGUGAGGCGGACAGCGACAUGGAUGAAAUGCUCAGUAACAUCUCCUCUUCAGCUAACAGGUUGAAUCUGGAGGUGUCGGUCCAGCUUCAACUAAACAAAAAAGAGACCCUGAAUCUCACGUUGUACGGCCGCAAUAACCACAGCUCCUUGCAUCUCCACCCACCUGAGGAGGAGGAAGACGAAAUGGCUGAUGAUGGAGGACGGAGGGAGGCACUCUACUGCUGUCUUUCUCCUCUGCCCGUAUCUAAAUCAGCCAAUCAUAACCAGUGUCUCCUUUGGUUCGCCAAUCAAACAGUUUUGAAUGAAACAGCAAAGGAAAAGCUGCCAUGGAAACGGACACAGGAAGAUGAGUGGCAGUGUGUCAUAAGGGUGAUCUGGCUGGCUCUACUGUGUGUGGUGUUUCUGGUUGUUGCCACGACCGUGAUCAGAGAGAUAUACUGGAAAAAGCUCUUGCGUGAACCCUCAACAAAGGCGAAGACACACCCAACUGAUCACAACUUAAAAGGGCAGGAGUUAAACGACCACGAAAUGCAAAUGGACGGCGUCACUCCUAAAGGCACAGCCCUCAAAUCACAGAGACAUUACACCUUGUCAGGACUGUCACCGAUUCAAGAAGAUGAAAAUCAAAAUAACAUGGACACACUGCUGGAUGGGAGUGCUGACCACUGCUACACGGGAAAACUGCAUCAUCGCAGCCACCCCACCUACUUCCCAGAGAGCACCUGCUGA